UUUAUUUAAAUAAAAUAACAAGAUAAAUUCAAUCAUUUUUUAUCAAUAUUAAAAUGUUAUCAAAUUAUCGCGGUUGUAAAAUGUUCAUGGAUGUUUCGAUAGCUAACGACAAUACGAUUUUUCGUGGAGAAGAAUAUAACACAUAGUUUCGCGGUAAUUUAGAAGUUAAUAAAGAAUUUAUUAUUUUUUCACAUAUCAAUCAUAUCACUUGACAUUUCACGGUUUAUAGAGAACAACAACAAUUUGUUUCUCAUUCAGUGAAUCAUUAUUCAUUACUAGUAACUUGUUGUAAAUGUUGUUUUAAUAUUGGUUUAUUAGUUUCACAAGUUUUAAGACAAGCGGAGUAUAUUUUAUUGUUGUUUUAGGUGAAAAUAAGUAUUAAACAUGAAUGUGGUGAAUAAGAAUAAAAGAGGCACUCAUCGAAAAACCACGGAGAAUGAUUUUCAAAUAAAAAGAUUUGGCCAAUAUACCGUAUCACGUUCAAAAACAUUGACAACUAGUACGAAUCAUCUAUCAUCAAAUUUAAAUAUCGAUAACAGCGUAGUUUAUUCUCGUUCGAUGAGUAGGUCUGAUUUAAUGACGCCUGGUAGAUAUCUCGGAGUAGCUGAUAGUAAAUCAUCUACAGAAACUUCGGAUAUUGAAUGUACUCAGUCGUCGUCGUCAGCGUCUAGACGAAUAACCCAAAGCGAUAGUUUUGACAUUCCUAAGACUGCGGCCGAUCACAACGUUGGUUACGUACCAAAAUACGACAUUAGUCGAAAACUUAAAGAUUUUAUUAUCAACAGCACUCCCCGUCAACUUAUUAAACCUAACUCGUUUGAAAUGACACCAGCCUGCAGUGUUUCAGCGGUUUCAUCUGUAGUGCGAAACAAAUCUCAUAACCCAUCACUUGCAAAAAAAACUGACAGUAAAAGUGAAAUGACUAACAAUGUUGUAUUAGUUUUAACUGAAGGUAGAGGUUCCGCUCAAGGUGAAAUCGGAUUAGCAGCAAUUGAUUUAAAAAGACCAGUAUUGAUAUUAUGCCAAAUUAGUGAUACUCAAACAUAUAUGAAUACAAUAAAUAAAAUAAAUAUUCUAAAUCCCGCAGAGAUUUUAGUCCCAAAUACAUUUAUGGAUCAGAUACAAGGUACAUUGUUGUACAAUACCAUUAAAAGUAAUUUUCCAUUAAGUGCUAUACUUACUGCCUCUCGAAAACAUUUUUCUGAAAAUGAAGGUAAACUAUACCUAAGAAAUAGUAUUAUACCAGAAUGUACUUCUACAUUAGAACAGGUGUUGCCAAAAUUUUACGCGGUUUCUGCUGCUGCAGCAUUAUUAAAACAUAUUGAGUUUAAUCAUAAUGUGAUGUUUUCUUCAAAUACACUGCAAAUAGAGUAUGAAGGAGUUGAAAAAUCAAUGUUUAUUGGUAAACAAUAAAAUAAAUAA